GAAAGGGGAGCCGGUGUGGGGCCCACGGGCAGCGGACACCGGGCAGGGAGGGCUGCCCUGGGCUCCGGUCCGUGCUGCCACCAGCGCCGCGGGGAUGGACUCGGAAACGGACUCCUUCGUCCGGCUGCACGACGGCCCGGAGAGUCCCGAGCGGUCCACGGUGCAACCGGGAGAGGGGAUGGAUCGGCUGGAUCCCGACGGCCCGGAGAGCCCCGAGGAGCUCCGGCGGGAGAUCGAGCGGUUCAAGGAGCUUUACAGUCUUCUGGAGCAAGAGUGUGUAAAGCUACGAACGGCCAAGGAAGCUGCAGAGCAAAGGACACAGGAGCUGAGGAAAGAGGGAGAAAUACUGCAUAAAAUUAUUGAGCAUCAAAUAUCUUUAAACAGAGACGAAGAGAGAGCCCACCAGAUGGACAUUUUUGUAGCACAGGAGAAGAACACCAGACUGAGGAUGGAGAAGCAGGUCCUGGAAAACAAACUGGAAGAACUGAAGAGGCGCUCCCAGGGUGAUCUUGUCAUGUUGCAGUCCGACUUGCCAGAGAAGAAAAUGGUAUUUAAGGGACUUGUAGCAAACAAGGACGACAUGAACAAACUGAUGCUCACCCCAUGGAUCCGCUACCCUCUUCCAGGGGGCUCGGCUCUCAUCACCUUUGAGACGGCAGAGGUGGCCCAGAGGAUCAUAGAGAUGAAAGAGCACAUGGUGGAGCUGAGCUGCUGGGAGGAAGUAGAGGACCUUGACCAGUGCAGAAUACGAGUGCAGGCAGCACCUGUGGAGAUACUGCUGCCAUCUGCCCUGGAGAUCAGGCUGACUCAGAGCAGCAGGAACAUCCUUGUGUCUGACCUGCCCAGCCUGGACAUCCCUGAGGAGGCACUGCUGGACAAGCUGGAGCUCUUCUUCAGCAAGAGAAAGAAUGGGGGCAGCGAGGUGGAGAGAAGGGAGUUCCUGGACGACUCUGGCCAGGUGGUGCUGACCUUCGCACAGGAUGGAGUGGCAGAGCUGCUAGUUGAGAGAGGACGCAUCCAGGUUCCUAUUAUGGGAGGAAAAUAUGAAGUCAAAAUAUCACCAUACAUGAAUGGAGACAUCACCGACUUGCAGCUCCAGCCCUCCCGCUGCCCCAGGACUGUCCUGCUCUCUGGCAUUCCCGAUGUGCUGUCUGAGGAGUCCAUGAAAGACACCCUGGAGAUCCACUUCCAGAAGGCCAGCCGCGGCGGCGGGGAGGUGGAUUCCCUCGCCUACGUCCCGGCAGGGCGGACGGGGAUGGCCGUGUUAGUGGAGGACACCCAGGGCUAGUCCUGCUCAGCCCGAGACUGUGGAGCUCCGUGUGCCCCCGGGCACGGCGGGAAUUAAAGCAU